AAAACCAGGAUUUGUGCGACCGCAUGGCGUCUCCUCCUCAAGGAGCAGACGUCUUACCCGCCUACCCACUACAUUCGCAAAGUGCCCCAGAGAAAGAUCCACUACUUCACCUUCCUGCAGAUGAUGCAGCUGCUGGUACUGUGUACGUUUGGCAUGUACCCGAUACCGUACAUGAAGAUGAUCUUCCCUCUGCUCAUGAUCCUGCUAAUUCCAAUCAGGAACAACGUGCUUCCUCAUAUCAUUGAGGCCAAAUACUUGGACAUAAUGGAUGCCCAACACAUGUAGCUACAGAUGGAGACAAGUUCUGGAUCCACACAAAAAGAAAGAAAAAGACGUCUAGAAUUUAAAAAAAGAAAUGAGGAAUAAAAAAAAUAAACGUAUUUUUCAAUGCAAAACUGUAAUGGAAGCAAAAAAGGAAGGAGGAAAUACCGACUGUUUUGAUUUUUGUAUCCGAUAAGAACAUUCUUACAGGUGAAGCACUGGAAAUGUGGGUUGUCGUGUGAGGAGCAGAGAUGAGAGCCGCAGGAAAUGUUUUCGAAACAUGGACAGACAGCAUCUCUCUGGGGAAAAGUUCUACCGAUAUAAAACUGGACCGCCCAGAACUCCCUGUUUCACCUCCGUUUGACCCUGUCAGAUCAUUCAGUGCCAUAUACCUCCAUGUUCUCCUCUCACACCUUUACAUUUUAUGGUGACAUUUUACAAUAUCCUUACUGCAGUGUAUUUGUGUAUUUUAUCCAAAAAAUGCUGCCAGUGUACAUUGUAGAGUACUUAGAAAGGUGUAAUGGCACAAUGUAAGUAUGAACAGUAUCUUUCUUUUGACACUUUGCACUCACAUUGUGUUUUUACACUGUCAUUCUGGUAAAUUUGACAUACUUACACUGUGUUGAUAAGUCCUUAAAUACUUUUCCAUUGGUGAAUUAACUGAUAACAACACUGCAUUUAGGUCACUGCAAAGUAAAUCUUUACCUUUUGUAUUUCUGUCAUUGUGCAGUGUUAAAAACCUUUACAUUCCUGUACCUUUUAGCUGUGAUUCCCCCUUUUUCUAUGAAGGACACUCGUACCUGACACUUUUAGUUUCUAAGUCAUUCCAAUAAACGUCGGUGUUCAUUAAGAAAUAAAAAAAAGGGAGCGUGCGUCUGUGCGUGUGUGUGUGUGUGUGUGUGUGUGUCAUAGGCACAUUACUAAUCUGUCCCUCAUCUAGCUUCCUGCCAGCUCUUUAGAAAUCCUCAUUUUUAAGGUGGAAUUUAAGUACUCAGCCGGAUAAAAGAAAUACAUUCCACAGGUAUAUAGUAUGUUAUAUGUAAUUAUUUAGAACGACAGCACAAACCAAAACAUAUAGUGAAAUCUUUAUCAAAUUAUAAAUAUAUUAGAAUAUAUUAUGGCAAUAUACAAAAAUUAUUUUAGGUUAAAUUCAAAUAGAAUAUUUAUUUAUCAUGAUUACAGUUUAUCUUUAAAGUACAAAUUGAUAAUUUUGUGUGUUUACCCCGAACUGGAUGGUGAUCUGUAAUUCUCUGUUUGCUCCUUUACAUUCCACAGUUACUGAUUCUUGUAUUUUGAGUGUGUUGUCUUACAUCUGGCUGUUGCCGCAGUGUUUACAUAUUAAAGUCCCUUCCAGCUCCAUGUCAAAGUCCAACACAGUUCUGGUGCAUUGUUAGUAAAGAUGAAAGUCAGGUAAGGGUGAAAAAUAAGAUAUUUAAAAAGAAAAACAAACUAAAAAAACAUUUGUGGGCUUUGGAUUCAAUAAAAUGCAUCCCUUUUUUAUUUUUAUUUUGUGAACAAGUGUUCAAAGAUGAGUUUUAGAAUAAUCUGGUCUUGUUUUCUAUUUAGAUGUUAUGAUUAGAUCAAUGCUUGCAAACGUUGUCAUGUAAUAAUCCAGACGUCUGGAAAAAUUAUCUUGUUAUCUACAGUACAAAAAGAAAAAAAAGAACAUUUCUAGGCAAUGGUUUGCGUAAAGCAUGACUCAACCUGGUUUUUGAUACAAUGUGAUGCCAAUGGACAUGUAUCCUACACACAAGAAGAAGAAAAAAGUAGCAACUCAAACAGUAACUUCUCAAUAAACCGAAUGCAAUGCUCAAUAUUCAGCAAUACUGUGUAUAAAAACUUCACUGGUGAGAUUCGGGUUCCCCGACAAAGGCGGACCCAUCAGUGAAGCAAAGACAGGCCAGCUGUAUUUUUAAGGCAGCAACUUUUCAGUCCAUCCUCAUGGUACAAAAAAAAACUGCUCUGUGCUGAUUCAAUUAUUGCACACAUCAAGGAAGAAAAAAAAAAAGUUUGCCUGUCAACGAGGCAUUCACAGUGCCGGAUUUUAUUACGGUUUAGUUGCUUUCCCAAUAUCCAAAUGGCAGCUCCCUCAUGCAGUUCUGUUCAACUUUGUCUUACAGAUGUGAGAAAGAUGUCCAAUUUAAGCAGAUGUCUCAUGCCGAGAUAGCGAAGGCACGAAAGGGAAGCUUGGAAGCAUUUACAUAAUCCUUGGACUAAGGCUUAAGACAGCACUAGUGAGAGAAGAGAGAGAUUGUAUGAAGUAAUAUGUACAGUUUGCAAUGCAAAGUUUAGUUCCUAUCAACUAUCCAUUAUAAUCCAUGGCAAGGUAUUAGUUUCUAACUUUGGACUGAGUACAGAGGUUUAACCAUUCUUCUUCUUACGUGACAGUAUUGUUGUUGUUCCUUGAUAUCUUCUCUGUACUGAUGAUUUUGGAAUAGCAGCAAAUUUCUCUCAGAUGACUUAACAUUGGCUUCAGAGUGAGAGACAUACUACUCUGUUUGUGAAACCUUGACCCCCCUCCCUUCUCCUAAUUGGAUUUGUUUGAAAUUGCGUACUGUGCUGUUUUGUUUUUCUUUUCCUGAUUUCAUAUAGCCUACUUUUUCUAAUCAUGAAUGUAAGAUGUGUGGGUUUUUAUAUAGCAUAAUAAUUUAGGUGUCAAACAGAAUCUGUAAUUUUGUCAAAAAGAUCAGCUAUAUUUGUAAGCUGUAAUAUGUAAAAACGAGAAAAAAAUGGUUAUCAAACAGAAUGUGUUGGUUUAUUAUAGUAUAUAUAUACUGUACACUGAAAAAGAGAGACUAUCUCAAGCUGUUUGCCAAAUAAAACGUAGUAGUGAUGUAAA